AUGAACGAAACUGAAACCACCACCAAUCCCGCCACAACCUCCAACAAUAAACCCAUCAAUCCGAGGUCUCGUAUAUUUCGUCCAUGUCUGACUUGUCGGCGACGCAAAAUUAGUGCUGAUUUGGAGGAUAGUGCGAUAAGACCAGACCCAAAUGCAAGAGAUGCGCGCAAACCGGAUAUCAGUGCGAAGGAUACGGCGAAGAACGCCAUUUCGUCUAUGUCAUCCCAACCCGAUCCUCAACUCCAUCAGACGGUAGCGGAAGCGGCAGCAGCAGUCGGAAGAAUAGCAGCGGCAACAGCAAAGACACUCACAACUCGAAAAAAGUCACACUCCGAUCCUCUCGGCAGUUACCACCAGAACACCAGCAACAACAAUUAUGGCAUCAUCAUCAAACACAGCAGUUUCGUUCGCCACACACUCCCAGUGCGACGACGAUCCAUUCACCAGCCGUCAACCGUUUACAGAUUGUAUCCUACUUCGUCGACCGGUAUCUUCCCAAUCGUAUGGCGCAGCAAAACGGGAAUGUCACAGCAAUGA